AUGUCGAUAGAAGGAGCGUUCUCAUCCACCGCCGGAGAUCUGGAUUUCGGUCAGGAGGUAACGAUAGGUGAUAAGCUUAAGGUAUUCAAAUCUUCUGAUUUUGAUCCAGAGAAUUAUGUAUCCACCAAAUGCCGUACAACCAGUGAAAAGGAAAUAAAAAGUUUGGUGACUUGUCUCCUAGAUUUAAAGAAGGUCUCAGCAGAAGAAAUGAGAAAAAGUGUUUAUGCUAACUACCCCUCCUUUAUUCGCUGGCUGAUAUGUGUUUUCACACACGCAUGCAUCAGCACAUCAAGAGAGAUUUCUGAUCUUGAAGGGCAACUAGUCUCGUUAAGAAAUCUUCUGUCUAAUCGUGCUACUAUCAUUCAUACUCUCGCCGAGGGUGUUGGUGUGGAAACCAUGUCGUCCGCUCCUGGUUCAAGGAAAAACCCGAGUUUUGACUUUCAAGAUAAAGAACCUUCGGAGAUGGAAGUCUGGUUAUCGCAAUACAUAGACAACCUCAAUAUUUUGCUGGCCGAAAGAAGAGUUAAUGAGGCUUUGGCGGCCCUUGAUGAAGGAGAGCGCGUAGCCAAAUCCACAGACUCAAUGACACCACCCAUGCUUGCCUCUUUACAGGCUGCUAUCACUUCACAGAGACAAAAGUUAGCUGAUCAAAUUGCUGAGUCAGCCUGCCAGCCUUCUUCUAGUGGCACUGAACUUCGAUCGUCGGUAGAAAUAAUCAAACGACUUGGUGAUGGUCCACGAGCCCAUACACUGCUCCUUAACUCACACCACCACAAGUUACAAUCUAAAAUCCAGGGUAUUCAGACAUCCGGCUCAACAUAUGGAGUGGCUUACACCGCCGCCCUCUCACAGCUCGUCUUUUCAACCAUAGCUCAGGCAUCAAUUGACUCACUAGCCAUAUUUGGUGACCAGCCUUUGUACACGUCUGAACUCGUGACAUGGUCUGUCAAGCAAACCAACACUUGUGCCAAUCUUAUGAAACGACACGUUAUUGCUUCACCUUCUGCUUCAGGGGGGCUACGAACGGUGGCUGAGUGUGUUCAGAUUUCCAUGGGUCAUUGUUACUUGUUAGAAGCUCGUGGAUUGGCGCUUGGGCCUGUCCUAUUGAGACACUUUAGACCUUGUGUGGAACAAGCACUCAAUGCUAACUUGAAAAGGAUUGAGCAAAGCACUGCUGCUUUAGCGGCUGCGGACGAUUGGUCACUCAUUUACCCUCCCGUGAGCUCACGCGCCACAAUUAUAUCCCAACCAAAGCUUUCGAAUAGCGCCCAUCGAUUUAAUUUGAUGGUUCAGGAAAUGUGCGAGGAUAUCGGGCUCCUGAGAUCUAUGCAGUUUUCAAAGCAGGCGAUGGAAGGCGUUGUACAAGUUUUUAACUCGUACGUUCACAUGCUCGUAAACGCAUUGCCAGGAUCAUCAGAGACCGAAAACUUGGAAGGUAGAAUUGUGAGGGUUGCGGAGGAUGACACUCAACAGAUAGCAUUGCUAGCUAAUGCUUUAUUAUUAUCAGACGAACUACUGCCACGAGCAGCCAUCAAACUGCUACCCGUACAACAAUGCCUUCCCUCUGAAACCCCUAGGAAAGCUUCAGACCGACAAUUACGCACUCCAGAACAAAGAGAGUUGAAGAAACGGAUUCAGAGAUUUGUUGAUCAGUUGAGAGAUAGUUUUUGUAGAAAACACGCUCUUGAUCUCAUCUUUACAGAAGAUGGAACCGCUCGUCUUAACGCAAACAUGUACUUGAGUAUGGAAGAGAAUUCAGAAUGGGCGCCAUCUCCAGUAUAUCAGGAACUAUUUGUUAAGUUACGUACAGUCGCGAGCUUAGCAUCAGACAUGUUUGUGGGACGAGAAAGGUUCACGACGCUUCUUUUAAUUAGACUCACGGAAACAGUAAUUAUGUGGCUGUCCGAUGAACAAAGUUUUUGGGAAGAGAUUGAACACGGGUCAAAGCCUCUAGGCCAAUUUGGACUUCAACAGUUUUAUCUAGAUAUGCAGUUUGUUAUACUCUUUGCGUCCCAAGGGCGUUACCUGUCACGAAACUUGCAUCAAUCUAUUAAGAAUAUCAUUUCACGAGCUAUGGAAUCGGUUGCUGCUUCUACAAAUACAGAUCCCUACAGCAUAUUGCCUGAAGAUCAAUGGUUUACUGAUAUUGGUCAAGCUACAAUUAAGAUGAUGACUGGAGAGGCCCCUACGGAAAACGUAGAAGUUACAAGCCCGAUAACGUCCCCUUCACUUGUAUCUCCAGGGAGUAACUAA